AUGGAGAAUGUCUGGGACAGCCAGCAGAGAAUUGAAAUAGAAGCUGUAGAAACCCCACAGGUGUGCUCAGCUGUGAUGAAGGUUCCUGGUGACCAGAUUCAACAUGAGCUUAAGAAAAGGGGACUGCAACUAGCAGACUUCCCCGGCGAUGACGGUGAUCCUGAGCUCUCCAUCCUGAUAGGAGCAGACUACUAUUGGCAAAUAGUAUCAGGAAGGGUGGAGAGACUCACAGAGACAUUGGUUGCAUUGGAGAGCACCUUUGGAUGGUCUGUGCAGGGACCAGUGUCCAUGUCAAGUGUCGCAGAGGCUGCCUGCAUGUUCAUACCACUUGAUGAAGACACACUUGUCUCCAAGCAACUGAAUGCAUUCUGGGAAAUUGAGUCUCUGGGUAUCACAAGUGUGAAAACACAGAACCCAGCAGAAGAGGAGGCUCUGCAGAUGUUCGAAAGAACGACAACCUUCAAAAAUGGACGAUACCACGUGGAGUUGCCAUGGAAACCAGAAAGAGCAGAACUCCAAGACAACUACAGAGUUGCCAAAAGGAGGUUUGAAGGACCAAACCUAAAUCCGGAUAUUCUCAGCCUCCUGAUUAGGUUCAGAAAACAUGAGAUCGCCUUCAUGGCAGACAUAAAAAAGGCGUUUCUGCAGAUAUCCCUCGCCGAGACAGACAGAGACGCAGUGAGGUUCCUGUGGCUCUCGGGCCCACCAAAUGGAGAACAGGAUGAAAGGCUGCGGAUGCUGAGGAUGACAAGAGUGGUGUUUGGAGCCUCCCCAAGUCCCUUCUUACUCGCCGCUACAAUCAGAAAGCAUCUGCAAAAUUAUGAAACCGAACAGCCACAAGUUGUAGAGACAAUAAGAGAGUCACUCUAUGUUGAUGACUUUAUUGCAAGCUCACGCACUGUGGAAGAGGCUUACUAUGUAACAACCACCGCUAAGCAAAUGCUGUCAACCGCAGGCAUGGACCUCUGCAAGUGGAUGACCAACUCUCCUGAGCUGAAGAGGAAAUGGGAGGAGAGCACAACAGACCACACACUGGCGCCAGAGACACCCAGAGCAGUGCUGAAGGUGUUAGGCUUAGUGUGGAGACCAGAGACCGAUGACUUCACCCUUGACCUCAGACCGCUAGUGAGCAUUCUAAAGCAAAAGAAGAACACAAAGAGGAGCGUUCUACAGUCAUCCGCACGUAUCUAUGACCCGCUUUGGUUCCUGACUCCCUUCACCAUCAGAAUCAAGUGCAUGUUUCAAGAAAUGUGGGAGAGAGGACUCUCCAGGGAUGAGGAGCUACCACCCGAUCUGACUCGAGAAUGGCAACAGUGGUGUUUAGAACUGCCCCAGCGACACCAACUCGCCAUACCAAGGUGGUACCGAACAGACACGCAGUCAGAGAACAAGCAUGCCCUGAAACUACAUGUGUUCUGUGACGCCAGUGAAAGAGCUUACAGUGCUGUAGCCUACCUGCAAGGUGAAACUCAAGACGGAGAACCUACAAUGAGCCUAGUCGCGUCCAAAUCCAGGGUGGCCCCUCUCAAGAAAAUGACACUGCCACGCCUAGAGCUCAUGGGAGCUGUGAUCGGAGCGAGACGAGCAAACAACUUGAUGAUGACUCUGAAAAUGGAACCAAUUCAGAUAAGAAUGUGGACAGAUUCUAUGAUUACGCUGCAUUGGAUCUGCAGCUCUGCUCAGAAGUGGAAACAGUUUGUCGCAAAUAGAGUGACCGAGAUCCAGUCACUGACCAACCCAGAGUCGUGGUCACACAUUGCAGGAAAGAUAAAUCCAGCUGACCUCCCCACCAGAGGACACACUGUUGAAAACUUGAAACAUAGCCAUCUGUGGUGGAAUGGUCCCAGCAUUGUGACAUCAGCCGAUCAGUCAGAGGAGACUGAUGAUGAUUAUGUUCCAGAAAGGGCGAACACAGAACUCAAGUCGAGUCACCAAGUCACUGUACAGCUUGCUGCAAAUGACGCAGACCUCACUGAACCAGUGCUGGAGCUAGCCAGAUACAGCAGACUGAAAAGAGUCUUCAGAGUGACAGCCUGGAUAAAGAGAUUCAUAGCAAAUGCUCCAACAAAACCAAAGACAAGAGGAGAACUGACUGCUGACGAGCUCUUCGAGGCCGAAAGGUACUGGAUCAAGAUAACACAACAACAGAGUUUCAGUCAAGAGAUCAAACAACUAAAGACAGGAAAGGGCCUCAGGGACUGUAAGAUUAAAGAACUCAAGCCAUUCCUGGAUGAACAUGAACUGCUCAGUGUGGGAGGAAGGCUGCAGCAGUCUGACUUCACAUUCAGAGAGCAGCACCCAUGGAUCCUGCCCAGCAAGCAUAAAUAUUCAGAAAGGCUCAUACAGUACUGUCAUGAGAAGACUCAGCGAGCGUGGAUCGAGAGAACCUUCCAGAAGAGAGAAUGUAUGCAGAUAAUUCCCAGCAAAGACCCCAGCAGGUGCGGCUGUGGUCAGCUGGUGUCGCAGCUCGUCGGUCCAGGGGUGGGCCCUGAGGAUGGGGGGGGCCCUGUGGUGAAGUUGGAGGCCCCUGCAGAGAGAUGGACCACGAAGCACACGCAGAGCUCCAGCACUGACGCAUAUGGACUCAUUGAGUUCCAGGGCGGGGGGCACGUCAACAAGGCCAUGUACAUCCGGGUGGCGUACGACUCGAAGGCGGACUCGCUGCUGCACCUGAUGGUGAAGGACUGGCAGCUGGCUCCCACCCUCCUCAUCUCAGUUCACGGGGGCCUGCAGAACUUCGAGCUACCCCCCAAACUGAAGCAGGUUUUUGGGAAAGGCCUGAUCAAAGCGGCGGUGACAACCGGAGCCUGGAUCUUCACCGGGGGGGUCAGCACGGGGGUGAUCCGUCAUGUUGGGGACGCUCUAAAAGAUCACUCGUCAAAGUCCAGAGGGAAGGUCUGCGCCAUCGGCAUCGCCCCGUGGGGAAUCAUCGAGAACAAGGAAGACCUCAUCGGCAGAGACGUGAGCCGGCCCUAUCAGUCCAUGGCCAACCCGCUCAGCAAGCUGUCGGUUCUGAACAGCAGCCACUCUCAUUUCAUCCUGGCCGAUAACGGGACGCAUGGGAAGUACGGCGCCGAGGUGCGCCUCCGCCGGCAGCUGGAGAAGCACAUCUCUCUGCAGAAGAUCAACACUCGUCUGGGUCAGGGGGUCCCGGUGGUGUGUCUGAUUCUGGAGGGGGGUCCUAACGUCAUCUCCAUCGUGUUGGAGAGUCUGAGAGAGGAACCUCCGGUCCCCGUGGUCAUCUGUGACGGCAGCGGCCGAGCCUCCGAUAUCAUCUCGUUCGCACACAGAUACUGCGGGGAGGACGGGUUGCUGGGUGACAGUGAGAAGGACCAGCUGCUGGUCACCAUCCAGAAGACGUUCACUUACAGCCGCAGCCAGGCGCAGCAGAUCUUCCUCAUGGUGAUGGAGUGCAUGAAGAAGAGGGCUCUGAUCACGGUGUUCAGGAUGGGCUCAGAGGGACAGCAAGACAUCGAGAUGUCCAUCCUUACGGCUCUGCUCAAAGGGACUAACGCCUCGGCCUCUGAUCAGCUGAGUCUGGCUCUGGCCUGGAACAGAGUGGACAUCGCCCGCAGUCAGAUCUUCGUCUACGGACACCACUGGCCCCCGGUGAGGCCCUCAGCCAUGGACCGGCCGAAGAGUCCGGGAAUCCAACGAGCGGGAGGGAUGGGAGGGGGUGGGGGGGGGGGGGGAGGGGGUGUGGCGAAGGGGAAAACCCGUGGGAAAAAAGGAAAAGGAGGAAAAACCAAACCGGAGCCUCCGGAGGAGACAGACCCAAGGAAACUAGAGCUGCUCAGUUGGGUGAACUCUCUGGAGCAGGCCAUGAUGGAUGCUCUGGUUCUGGACCGGGUGGACUUUGUAAAGCUGCUGAUUGAGAACGGAGUGAACAUCCAUCACUUCCUCACCAUCCCCCGCCUGGAGGAGCUCUACAACACGAAGCUGGGUCCGGCGAACACGCUGCACUUCGUGGUGCGAGACGUGAAGAAGGGGAACCUGCCCCCUGACUACCAGAUAACACUGAUUGACAUCGGCCUGGUUCUGGAGCUGCUGAUGGGGGGGGCGUACCGCUGCAACUACACCAGGAAGAGCUUCAGGGCACUGUACAACAACCUGUACGGCCUGAAAAGGCCUAAAGCUCUGAAGCUCCUCGGGAUGGAGGACGAUGAGCCGCGAGCGAAGGGCAAAGGGAAGAAGAACAAGAAGAAGGAGGAGGAGGUGGACAUCGACGUGGACGACCCUGAGCUCAGCCGCUUCCAGUACCCGUUCCACGAGCUGAUGGUGUGGGCCGUGCUCAUGAAGCGCCAGAAGAUGGCACUGUUUCUGUGGCAGCGCGGCGAGGAGGCUAUGGCCAAAGCUCUGGUGGCCUGCAAGCUCUACAAGGCCAUGGCCCACGAGUCGUCCCAGAGCGAGCUGGUGGACGACAUCUUCCAGGACCUGGAGAACAACUCCAAGGAGUUCGGGCAGCUGGCCUACGAGCUGCUGGAUCAGUCGUACAAACACGACGAGCAGGUGGCCAUGAAGCUGCUGACGUACGAGCUGAAGAACUGGAGUAACUCCACGUGUCUGAAGCUUGCCGUCGCCGCCAAACACCGAGACUUCAUUGCCCACACCUGCAGCCAGAUGCUGCUCACCGACAUGUGGAUGGGCUGCCUGACGAUGGGCAAGAGCAACAGCCUGGAGGUGAUUUUAGGGCUGGUCUUCCCUCCUCUCAUCCUCCUCAUGGAGUUUCGUCUCGGGGAGGAGUCAUCCUUUCAUUCCUCCAGAGAGAACGACGAGGGCAAAAACAAAGACGACGAGAAAUCCAACAAGGACGCCGCCUCCAACGUGGACGCCACGUCCAAGAAAGGAGACGAGGAGGAAGACCAGAAGAAGAAGAGGAGGAUUCCCAUCGGGAAGAAGAUCUACGAGUUCUACAGUGCUCCUUUCACCAAGUUCUGGUUCAACACGCUCUCAUACCUGGUGUACCUGGCUUUGUAUAACUACAUCAUCCUGGUGAAGAUGGAGCGCUGGCCCUCCCUUCAAGAGUGGAUCGUCAUCUCCUACAUCAUCACGCUGGGCCUGGAGAAGGUCCGACAGAUCCUGAUGUCGGAGCCAGGGAAGCUGAAGCAGAAGAUCAACGUUUGGCUGGAGGAUUACUGGAACAUCACGGACCUGGCGGCCAUUUCCGUGUUCCUGUUGGGCCUUCUCCUGCGGCUGCAGAGCGAACCCUACAUGGGCUACGGACGCGUCAUCUACUGCGUGGACAUCAUCUUCUGGUACAUCCGCGUCCUGGACAUCUUCGGCGUCAACAAGUACCUGGGGCCCUACGUCAUGAUGAUCGGGAAGAUGAUGAUCGACAUGCUUUACUUCGUGGUCAUCAUGCUGGUGGUCCUGAUGAGCUUUGGGGUGGCACGGCAGGCGAUCCUUCACCCGGACGAGAAGCCCACCUGGAGGCUGGCCCGCAACAUCUUCUACAUGCCGUACUGGAUGAUCUACGGAGAGGUGUUUGCAGACUCCAUAGAUCGUAAGAUUACAGUUCAUAUUUAUGCUAUGGAAAUCAACCCUCCGUGCGGAGACAACUUGUACGAUGAAGACGGGAAGAAGCUCCCCCCCUGUAUCCCGGGUGCCUGGCUCACCCCCGCCAUCAUGGCCUGCUACCUGCUGGUUGCUAACAUCCUGCUGGUCAACCUGCUCAUCGCCGUCUUCAAUAACACCUUCUUUGAGGUGAAGUCUAUCUCUAACCAGGUGUGGAAGUUCCAGCGCUAUCAGCUGAUCAUGACCUUCCACGACCGGCCAAUCCUGCCCCCACCCCUCAUCGUCUUCCCGCACAUUUACAUCGUGCUGCUCAGACUCUGCUGCCGCUGCCGGCGCCGGACCGACGGCGAGCGCGACGACGGCGAAAAGCGCCUCCAGCUGGUUCUGAGUGCGGAGGAGCUGAAGAGUCUGCAUGAGUUUGAGGAGCAAUGUGUGGAGGAGUACUUCAGAGAGAAGCAGGACGAGAAACAGUCGUCCAACAAUGAGAGGAUCAGAGUCACCUCAGAGAGGGUGGAGAACAUGUCCAUGCGUCUGGAGGAGGUGAACGAGCGGGAGCACUCGAUGAAGGCGUCCCUGCAGACGGUGGACCUCCGGCUGUCUCAGCUGGAGGAGUUCUCCUCCCGGAUGCUGAGUGCUCUGGAGCGGCUGGGGGGCCUGGACCGGGCUGAGCUGGUCCGCAGCCGGGGGUCCUCCGUCUGUGAGGCACCCCCUCUUUUGCGCCAAGGCAGCAUGAACAGCAGCGACGGGUACAGCCUGUACCGUUACCAGCUGGAGGUGGAGGACCGGGGCCCAGGGUCCCCAGAGGUCGGGAAGGGCCUCUCCGGUGACCCAGAGGUAGGAAAGGGCGUCCACGGGAACCCAAAGCUGGGGAAGGGCCUCUCCGGGGACCCAGAGGUGGGGAAGGGCCUCUCUGGGGAGACAGAGGGGAGGAAGGGCCUGUCCGGGGCUGGGGACUUUGAGGAGGGCGUCUGCCGUGUCUCCGGAGGCUCGGAGGGGGGCGACGGGAGCAUCCAACUGAGCCCGAAGGGACGAGCUCGACCCCCGACAGCGGAUGUGAGGGACUUCAGGCGGACUCUGGAGAUGGGGGGUUCCAGAGACAGGACUCAGUCUCUGUCCAACAUUGACAUCCUGAUCUCCCACUGCCCCCCAGACCCGCCGGAGAAAACCCGGCUGGGGGGGGCCGCGUCCUUCCCCCUGGAGAGGUCAAAGGUCAAGCAGUCUCUGUCCUCCCCCACCCUCAGCGGUUCCUCCAAUAGGAAGUUCUUCAGCAGCACGGCCAUCUGUAGCCCCGCCCACCAGGACCUGGAGAACAAACAGGAAGGAGAGGAAACUGAGGGGGGUAGUACACACGGUAACAAUGACGGUGAGGAGCCUCCUGAAGACAGGAUGUACCCGACGCUGCGCUCCAAGAGUCUCAACAUCAACCCGAGGAAGACGAGUAAGAAGGACGGCAAGGAAACAUUGCCAACUGCCGGCAGCACAAAGGACCUGGUGUUCAGAGACUGA